AUGAUCGGCUCACUGAGGUAUCUGACUGCAAGUCGGCCAGACAUUAUGUACGUCGUCUGUCAGUGUGCUCGUUAUCAGGCUAACCCUAAACUCUCUCAUCUAACUGCUGUUAAAAGAAUUUUCAGAUAUUUGAAGGAAGCUCCUAAACGCGGACUCUGGUAUCCCAGAGAUUCGAACUUUGAUCUGUUUGCCUUUUCAGAUAGCAACUUUGGAGGAACAGACAGGGAUAGGAAGUCCACAUCAGUUGGAUGCCAAUUCUUGGGAGAUAGACUCAUUUCUUGGCUGUGCAAGAAGCAGCAGACAGUGUGUCUCUCCAUAGCGGAAGCAGAGUAUGUUGCAGCAUCUGCCUGCUGCUCCCAGGUUCUUUGGGUGCAACAUCAGCUGGAGGAUUAA